GGCAACAGAAAGCAACCCGCAUGUUCAGCAUGAAGUUUCGUGCUUUGCUUGUGGUCGCAGUUCUGGCGGCGCCGACUUCGGCGGUCUUCAGCAGGGAGUCGGCGUCUGACGACUCCUCAGUUACGGAGGCGCCGUGCCCGGGACCCUGUCCGGCGACGCGCGACCCCGUCUGCGCCACCUUUGACAAUCGAUACUACUACUACUCGUUCAGCAACUACUGCAUGUACCAGCAGUGCCUAUGUACUCUCAACUACCAAUUUCCCCUGGUGCCUCUGUUCCGCUGCUUCUUCAAGGUGAGAAACGUGUGUCCAGCCCGCGGCAAACUCCGCCAGCUGAGGCCAAACGAGGACGACGACGACCUGUCUUACUCACCGCAUCUGGAGGAAAACAACCUUCGGUCCACCGCGCAGGGCUACCAGACCAGCUCGGAACAGAGCGGAGAGGUUUUCGAUUGAAAGCCUGCGGCCUGCAGAAAGAUCUCUUUUUGUCAUAAAUAACAUAAGUGAAGUUAACAUUAAUAUGCAAGUACACUCAUCCGAUAGGUGAUAAGGAGCUGUUCAGUAACAUAGAAAGAAUUUCUGAUCAAACGAAGAAGAAUCAAGAUAAAUUAAAGGUCAUAUGUAGCUUUUAAUUUUACGCUUACAGGAAAAUUGUUUAGGAUAGUAAAUACAUUCGAUCUCGUAAUUUUUGUGAGUGUGUGAUUAAAUUUUCUUUACUGACAAUUAGUGGCUGGCCGGAGUGGCCGAGCUGUUCUAGGCGCCACAGUCUGGAACAGCGCGACCGCUACGGUCGCAGGUUCGAAUCCUGGCUCGGGCAUGAAUGUGUGUGAUGUCCUUAGGUUAGUUAGGUUUAAGUGGUUCUAAGUUCUAGGAGACUGAUGACCUCAGCAGUUAAGUCCCAUAGUGCUCAGAGCAAUUUGAACCAUUUGGCAAUUAGUGAUCCAUUUUACAGCAGAAAACGUUGUAAUUUUAAAGCUCCGUUGUCUCCACUAUUUGGUGCAGCCCGUUAACAAUGUGUUUUACGAAACAGUCUUAAUGAAAUGUGCAUCAAGUGAAAUAACACCC